AAGCUUCGACCUUAGAGUUCAAGUCGGCGACGGAUUCCGUCGAUGCGAGGCCUUCACCGCCGCCAAGCUCCUGGCGCCGGUGGCCGCGAGCUUCAGGGGAGACCCCAUCCUCUCUCCCUCCCAGAUCCACCACGCACACCUCGCCUCGCUCACGCCUGCUCCGCUCCGUGCCCCCGACGCUCCGUGCCCUCGCGCCUGCGCCUGCUCCGCUCCGUGCCCCCGACACCCCUGCUCUGCUCCGCCAUGGAGGAUGCGCUCCGCCAUGGAGGAUGCUGCUCCACCCCGCCAUGGAGGAUGCUGCUCCACCCCUGCGCCGCUCCGUGCCCCCGACGCUAUGGAGGACGCCGCUCCACCCCUGCUCCAGCCUCAAGGUUCUGAGGCAUCAUCUUGUGGAGGACUCAUGUUAAGAUCAAUCCCAAACAUCAUUGCGGCGGUGGAGCACUUGCUCAGCAGCAGCAACAACAGAGGCGGGGGCGGGGAAUACCAGCAGCAACAGAGGCGAGGGCGGGCGCGACCGGAGGAGGGCCAGCACGGAGAGGAAGACCCUGGGCUUGCAGGAGAGGUUGAGCAGGGCCAACGCGGCGAUGAAGACCCUGGGCCAGAGCAGCGACGAAGACCCAGCGCCGCGACGGCGUCCAAAAUUGUCCGCGGCGACGGCGGCCAAGGCGGACCAAAUCGAGGACCUAGUCGUCGAUUUACUGCUUCUUGGCAUGAUUCAGAGGGAGGUGACGAAGAGGAAGAACUUUAGGAGCAAUCCCGCUGCUCAGGUAGGCGAGGGCACACCCAUGGCGGCUACGCAGCUGGGCGGCGGCGCAAGGCGCCUCCGUGAAGGUCCUGCGCGUCUCCUCCGCGACGACGCAGGUCGUCUCCUGCACAGGCGGCUGGGUCCUGCGACGCGCGGAGACUCUCUCUGGGUGCUCAGGAGAACGGGGGAGGAAGACGGGGGAUGGUGGCCGGAGCCGGCGACGCGCGAGCGACGGUGGAGAAGUGAGGAAGGAGACGGGGGCGUUUUUCAAAUGAUUCAAAAGUAUAAGGACAUGUUUGCAAAAUGCAUAAUGUACAGCAGCCGCGACAUCUAAAUCCGAACGGAGG